UGCAUAAAAAGACUGGCUGCUUUACCUGGAGACUGUCAUUAGCUCAAGCGGAUAUGGGUCACAAGAGACAGCAAUCACUUGCUUUUUCAAAGAUAUAAUGCUUAUCCUUUCUACAACAUGUAAACGCGACAGUUCUAUAGUUACAGUAGUAUGGAUGUUCAGGAUGGCUUCAGGUCACCUCUGCAGGCUGCGGGGAUCAACGCGAGCCAAACGGGAGGGACGGAGGGCGGGUUGUCCAAGCAGACCCAGCUGCUGCUGGAGGCUCUUCUGGUGCUCAUGUGUUUGGGUGCUGUCAUAGGCAAUGUUCUUGUCAUCAUUAUUGUGGCAGCUACCAAGACCCUCCAUGCAGUGACGUCUAUCCUGAUCCUGAACUUGGCCGUCAGUGACCUCCUGGUUGGCAUUGGAGUCAUGCCUUUUGUUGCUAUGUCCAUCAUGAACACGGGAUGGGUGCGUUGUCCUGUUCUCUGUCUAUAUGUUGGGUACUCCUCCACUGUGUACUGCACAGCUUCUGUGCUCACACUGACUGCUAUUGCUCUGGACCGCUACUACUCCAUCAUGGACUGCCUGCGCUACAGUUCCCGCUGCACCCUGUGGAGGACUUCUGCUGUGGUCCUGUGGAUCUGGCUUCUGGCUCUGGUCAUCUGCAGCCCUCCUCUGCUGGGCUGGAGCUCUGUCAGCUAUGUGGUUCCCAUGUAUAACUGUGCAAUCACCUGGGCCAGCACUGUCAGCUACACAGCCUUCAUGGCUGUUCUGAUCUAUCUCAUGCCUGCAGUGGUGAUCCUCUUCUGCUAUGUGAAUAUAAUCAGGGUGGCACGCAGCCACGCACGUAGGAUUCACUCCCUGCAGGACUCCGUCCAGCGCAGCAGGUCCCCCUCUUGUCCAGGGGAUUCAUCCCACCAGAACUGCGGGAGCCUCCAUAGACCCUGGAGUGUUACAUGUCACAAGAACAAUGAAUCUGAGUCUCAAACAAGUAAACAGGGAGAGAAUAUCAGCCAGAUUGUUCAGGAAGCUCCAAAACAGCAGGGAAGCAAAGUGAGGGGUUUGUUUUCCAUCCUGGCUCAAAAAAACUCUCAGCCACCCGAGCCAAACCACCAGCAGCCGCAUCAUGGAGGGCUGCGCCUCGUCCUGAUCAUCUUCGCUUUCCUCCUCUGCUGGACACCCUACAUCUGUGUGGCUCUGGUUCAGGCCACAGAAACUGCCAUUACAGGUCAGUCCACCCUCGUGCCAGACUCUGUCAUCACCUUCUCCUACUGGCUGAUGUUGCUCAACUCUGACGUCAAUCCUUUGUUGUACGCUCUGCUUAGCCAGCGCUUCCAGAUUGCUCUUCAGGGACUUUGGCACAGAAUUAGAGCUCAUCUGUGCAGCCUGUUUAGCACAGAAUGGGAGGUCAGAGGAGAUGGGGAUGACGUCAGAAUUACUGACCCAGGCACGUUGACCACAGCCCAUCCCAGUACACAUGCCAGCACAGAGAGUUUGAACUGUGACAACUCAAAGCUCUCCUCCUCUGUUUUCACUGUUAGCACCGACUUUAAAAGCCACUCUGAGGGGUAUCUUUGUAACGUGUGCCACCAUGAAAACACACCCUCUGUGUUCCAGGAUGCUGCUAGUGAGAAGACACACAAUCUGCAGGUCCCUUCGCGUCCUCAAGAGGGCAGCAGACUUCCGUUCUCCGCUCUAACUAAGGAGCGGCAGGCCACUUUUUUCUAUGGCCAGAUCACAGUGUCAGUGGAGCAUGAUGUCUGUUAGUUAUUUACUGUUGAUUCUUAAUAAAUUCUAAUAUUAUUGAAAGGGUAAUUUGUUUCAGUAGUUCAGUUCUAAAAGACAUAUUGCUCCAUUAAAACAUUUCUAAAUUAAAAUCUGUUCAGUAUGUAAAUCCCAAAACUCAGUUUCUCUGAAAAUAUAUUAGUGCCUAAAGCCAAGAAAAAAGGAAUUUUUAAUAUUGAAACGACUUUGUACUGAAAAGUCGAUCCAUGUACUUUGUAUUAAAUACACUCAGAGCUUGGUUUUGGUUCAUUCAGUGCGAGUUCAUCAUUUCGUUCAUUGAACCAGAUGUUGGUACUUUUAGCAGUGUUUGCAGCAUAGAGUUUAUCAGCAGAGGAAAUUCUGAGGUGCUCUAACAUUACCUGGAAGAGGGCUACACUAACCUUGAACUUGAUUAAAGGAAAAAAAAAACAACAACAGUGAACCAACACCAACAGAUGACAGUUCCUUCAUUCAUUACUGACUGUGAUAACUUCACACUGGCCCUCAAGCAACAUAGACUGUGUGUUUCUCCACGCUUGCCAUGAUUUGGACCGGGAUUUCCUAAGAAGUCGAUGAAUUUAAAUUCAGAAAUGAAAACAAGAAAUACAGAAGUUGUAGCCUGGAUGAUUUUAGUCUUUUGAGACAAUCGACUUUGUUUUAUAAUCCUCUGAAGAAUGAGGCUACGCUUGUGCAUACAAGCUGUGAAGAGGCAGCUUCUUGUUGUGUACAAAGUCAGGAAUCUUUCCCAUGAUUGUGUUGGCAACAACAUGGAGAGAACAUGACAGUUCUGUAUUAAAAAUGACGUUUUUUCACAUUUUGGGUCUUUAUUUCACCAAGCCAUAAUCAUCAAAGCAAGGAGAAAUAACUGCUGGAAAUGGAUUAGUGUGUUUUCAUUUAAUCUGUAAAAUACUGAAAAUUAGUUUUACUUUUGAGUGAAUAAAUUAAUUAGAUAUUUCAUCUCUCAGAAUUAUCACUAGCAACUGAUGUUGCAGACUUGAAGUACUCCUAUCAAUUACUUUACUGGGGGAAAAAAAACAAACUAAAAAUAAUCAUUGUAGAUACGAUGCAAAUAUGUCAAAAUAUAUAUAUAUAUUGCUUUUACGAUAGCUAUACCUUUUUACCUGAAUUGUUGAACCACAACAGAAAGCUAUGGAAGAACAAACCUUGUCAAGAAAACUUAUCAAAAACAAAUCUUUUUAUACCUUACAUCAUACGAUUACACUUGAAGACACUCAGUAGCAGAUCUAACAAAUCCAUCAUUUAUUCACGCUCUAAAUAUUUCCUCCUCAGACGUGAUAUAACCAUAUGUUGCAUCAUCUUAGUGUAAAAAUCAUUCCUUACAAAGGUUUACAUUUAAGUCUUGCGUUAAUUCCAGAGGAAUACAAUAUAAUUAUUUAUUGCCAUAGAAAAUGACAAUGGGAAACAGUGCUAAAUGUACUGUAUUGCAAAAAAA